UCGUUCAUCAUUGUUAUGUAGUAUUAUAAAUAGUAUAAAUGUAUUAAUACUUAUUUAUAUGAAUAACAUAUAGUGAAAUGAUUGAUAAUUCGUGUAUAACAUCUAUAGCUAGCCGUUGAAACUUUAUCGUUAUAUGUUGGUUAGUAGGAAGUAAGAUAAGACACCACUUCCUCGUGCGUUUGAAAGGAAUUACAGAUUUUUUCAUUCAGUAGCGGUAAAUGCAUGCUAAUGAGUAUACAUGAAAUGCAAAAAUAUAAGAAAUAUAUAGUGUGAUAGUGUUAUAAUUUUUCGAUUUUCUUUUUAUACACUUUAAAAUGAGUGAGAAACUUGCGGCAAAACAUACAAAUUCGGUAGCUUUAAAAAAGCAUAAGCUAUUGUUAAACAGGAGUGAAUCGAGAAGUUGUUGCCCAUAUUCGAGACCGCAUAGAUUAGCCAUAUUUUGUAUAAUAACAUGCUGUAUAUUUAUACUUUAUUGGAUCAUAUUGUCUCCUCUUUUGAUCGGUGCUUAUCAUUCAGGCAAGGCUAAAAAUUGGCCCAGUGAAUGGUUCAUUUUGAAUUGGAUUUUCGCAUUUCUAAUUUGGCUUUUCAUUAUGUUAUGCUUGCUUUUAAUUUGGAAAUGUUUCGAAAUUAAACAUUAUGAUGACGAUGUUAAACUGCAAUCCUAUGGUACGAAUGAUUCUUUGAAAUCGGGGACUUUGAUUAAUACGAAACUUGAUCAUUCGCAAAAUGUAAAACUGAAAGAUACAAAACAAGAUGGACCUCCGGACGAUUCAAUUUCUGAUAAAGAUAAAAUUGCCUGUGAUAAAUCAAAUAUGGAUAUUUCGGAUAAAUCUCGGCAUAACAAAGUUAAAAAGCAUAAAGAUCUUCCCCCUCUUGUGAUUCAUCGUCGUAAUUCAGGUAAUGAGGUCGGACGUAUUGGAACUAUAAAUAUGGAGAAAAAUGUUAAUAAAGAUGAAGAUAUACCCAAGUCAGGAAAUGAUACUUUAAAAAAUCAAAGAGAAUCAAUGAAAGAUUACUUAAAAUUGGUAGCAGUUACACCGCAAGAUGAAUUGGACACAAAGAGUCCGAAAGGAUCUCUUUCUCCAAGAGAAUUAUUUUUUAUCGAUCUCAUAAGAGAAGCUGAGAAAGCUGAACAAAACAGAACAAGUAAUCCUCAAGGAACGGAAGGGAACCAAUUUUUCCCAAGUGAUUUUUCGUUGGUUAGAAAAGAUGUUAACGAAGAUAAGAGAGAAAAGCAAAAACCAACUGAUACUCCAACAAAUAAACAGCAAGAAGUAACGUAUUUUAUCGCGGAUGUAAAAAGUCCGAAAAGGGAAAAAAAUGAAGUAUAUUUAGAAAUCGAACCAGAUCAAGAAUCAGCCAAAAAGUGGUGUGUGUGUUUGAAUAACGAAAAACCAAUCCUUGUAUUACAAGCUGAUUCCAAGGACGAUUCCAAAAAUUAAGUUGUUUUAUCCGAAAUAUAAUUAGAUAUUCCGUAGUUUAACAAAGUAUCUAAAUCAAUCAUUUUACUACUAGUUAUAAAUUCCUGCACUAUAUUAUAUACAUAGAAUAAUACAUAAUGAUAGUAGGAUAGUCAAGGAGGCAUAAGAAAAUACUUCACAGUAAUC